AUGGCCGACCGAACGUCAGUGGAGGUGGAGGAGUCUCCGCGUCUCCAAAUCGCAAAGAAGUCCAUGUGGCAAUCGAUCUUUGAGAACCCCAAGGUGCUUUUCAUCGCAUUCUUCGCCUCUCUUGGCGGUUUUGAAUAUGGCUAUCAACAGGGUGUCCUCGGACAAAGUCUUGUCAUGACCCGCUUUACAGAGAACUUCCCGACCGUUGUAGCCUCGUCUACUGCGACCGGUUGGCUGACCUCAAUUCUCCAAGUCGGAGGUAUCAUCGGUUCUCUUUCCGCCGGUGUUCUUGGCGAGAUCAUUUCCCGCAAGUACACCAUGUUCAUCGCCUGCUGCUGGGUGGUUCUGGGCUCGUAUCUCUACAUCGGUGCCACUGUGGGCAACCCUGCUUGCCUGUAUGCUGGUCGAUUCUUCACUGGUCUUGGUGUUGGCCUGUUCAGUGGUGUCGGCCCCCUUUACAACGCGGAACUUGCCGCUCCCGAGAUGCGCGGUCUCUUAGUUUCUUUCUACCAGCUCGCGACUAUUCUCGGUAUCAUGAUUUCCUUCUGGGUUGGCUACGGCAGCAACUAUAUUGGUGGAACUGGUGAGGGCCAGUCUGAUCUCGCCUGGCGUCUGCCCUCCAUCAUCCAGGGUAUCCCAGCUGCUUGCCUGGCGUGCGGUAUCUGGUUCAUGCCAUUCUCUCCCCGGUGGCUGGUCAAGCAGGGCCGUGAUGAAGAGGCACAGACCACCCUUGCUUGGCUGCGUAAGCUUCCCCUGGAGCACGAGCUUGUCCAGGUCGAAUACCUGGAGAUCAAGGCCGAGGCCGUCUUUGAAGAGCGUGCUUUUGCCAAGGCUGCUCCUAAGCUGGCUGAGCGUGAGCGCCAGAGCGUAUUCAUGAACCAGAUCGCUCAGUAUGCCAACUGCGUUCGCUCUAUGGAUAACUUCAAGCGUGUCGCUACUGCUGGGUUGAUCAUGUUCUUCCAGCAGUGGAGUGGUAUUGACGCGAUCAUCUACUAUGCCUCAAACGUUUUCAAGUCGCUCGGUCUUACCGGCGGUACUAUUGCUCUCCUGGCCACUGGUGUCACUGGUGUUGUCUUCCUCAUCUCGACUAUCCCUGCCAUGUUGAUCAUCGACAAGGUUGGCCGCAAGCCUAUGCUCAUUGUUGGAUCUAUCGUCAUGUUCUGCAGCAUGGUUAUUGUCGGAGUCAUUGUGGCCAAGUUCCAGCAUGACUGGCCCGGACACGUUGCCGCUGGUUGGACUGCCGUCGCCCUCAUCUGGCUGUACAUCGCCGGUUUUGGCGCUACUUGGGGCCCUUGCUCGUGGACUCUCGUUUCCGAGAUCUUCCCUCUCUCCAUCCGUGCCAAGGGUGCCUCGAUCGGCGCCUCCAGCAACUGGGUCAACAACUUUGCCAUUGCUUUCUUCGUGCCUCCCAUGCUUCAGGCCUGGCAGUGGGGCACUUAUAUCUUCUUUGCUGCUUUCCUUUUCGUCGGCAUUAUUUGGGUGUGGUUCUUCCUGCCUGAGACCAAGAAUGCCUCCCUUGAGGAGAUGGACCGAGUGUUCGGCAGCAAGAAGGGCCAGGAGGAUGCUGAGCUCCUACGGGAGGCUCAGCGUGAUGUUGGCUUGACUGCCUUUGUUGAGAGACUUGGCUCGGCCACUGGACGUGAUAUGGAUAAGAAGGAGGGCUCGGACUAUGUUGAGUCCGUCUAA